AAAGGUAAUAUUAUUUUAAUAUUUUUAAUCUCCUGAAAUCGCGGUACCAUGUGCACCGAUUAUUAUGUUAUAGACCGAGAUUCAUGCUUCACGUACGGACCAAUUAUCAUUUUUAUGCUUGUGUUUGUUGGAUUAACCAGAUCCACUAAUUGAAACCUGUGGUCCACCUUUGCUGAGGCAAUGUCGGACAGUGAUGGCCCAGCACAAGAGCCUGCUGGACUGGAUGGCCUGCCACCAAUGCACAGCAUUUCAAAGGGAGAAGUGGUCUCUGUGCAGGCCUACGGAGCCUUCGUCAGACUGCCAGGAUACAAGAAGGAAGGUCUGGUACAUGUGAGCGAGAUGUCGGCCUCCCGGGUUGAGAGUGCCUCAGAGAUUGUCGAUGUGGGGGAACAGGUGUGGAUUAAAGUCAUCGGGAGAGAGAUUCGGGAUGACAAGGUGAAGUUAUCCUUCUCAAUGAAAGCUGUCAAUCAGGGAACGGGGCGGGACUUGGACCCGAACAAUGUUAUGGCUGAGCAGGAUGCGAGGCGUCGUAAGAAGUUUAGAGAUCACACUGGCAACAGGAUCACACUGGAGGCUGUACUCAACACGACAUGCUCAAAGUGCGGCUGCAAGGGUCACUUCACAAAGGACUGCUUCUCUGCUCCGGGCUUGCAGUACGCUCUUCUUCCUGAAGAGGAGGAUGAAGAGCCACGGCAGCCACAGCAGCCACAGCAGCAGACCUCCACAGUUGCACCACAGCAAGACUCAGACAAAAAGAAGAAGAAAAAGAAGGAGAAGAAAAUGAAGAAGAAGAGGAAGAGGGAGAGGAAGGAGUCGGACAGCGACAGCAGCAGCAGCAGCAGCAGUGACGAGUGCAAAUCCAAGAGGAGGCGCCGCGACCACACGCACGACAGAGAGGACAAAAAGAAGAAGAAACACAAGAAGCACAGAUCGCACAAACACAGCUGAGACAGGCGCACAUCUUCAGUCACACACACUGCAGCUAUCAGACAGACGCAAAAGGGGAAGUGGGUAGCAACAGACGGAGGGAGAGACUUCCAGCGGUGUGUCUUUUAAAAAGCUCUCCUAUAGAAACCUUCCUCUAUUUAAGUAACUUUUCCUGACGGUCUGUCCAUGUCAUUGGAAGCAUGUUCAGACUCACUAUUAAGUUUAAAGAAAAUGGGUCAAGAGAGGCUGCAUACGCAAAAAUCAGGCGACAAGACCACAUGUCCUAAAGUAACCUCUGGCUCCCCCUUGGAGCGUUUACACAUCAUAUGUAACCAGAUAGGUGUAACCAAUACGGCAGCAAGCGGCCGCCCCUCUUGGAAUCCAAAUAUUGUUAACAACUAUCCGGUUGCAUUAAGCACACAUGAAGACAGUAAAGCUAAAGGGGGCUGUCAUGAAAAUGCUUAAAAUCAUACACACACACACACACACACACACACACACAGACAUAGGAAGUAGUGAAGACAAACAGGACGUGUAAUGCAGCGAGGAGAGCAUGACAGGAACUUCAAGCUAUGAUCAUAUCCUGGGGUUGUCUUAUUGUCAGUGUGUGUGUGUACAUACAGUUGCCUCUGUUCCCGAUUUGUUCUAUUUUUGCAUACAUGUCACACUUAAUGGUUUCAGGUCUUGCGUCAAACAAAAUACAAACAUAGCCUGGGUAAACAAAAAUAAAAGCUAGUUUUAAAAAUACAGGGUUUUUUUUAAUUAUAUUUGCUUCACUCCUGACAAGAUUCACCACUCUUCCAAGUUCUCCAUUUGCAGAUAAUAAUAACCUUAAAAUGACUUUAUUUCAAUCACUUUUCCUCACUUCUGGAAUUUAUUUAUAACGCGAUAUAUAAUGCUGCAUGCGGUGACCUUUUAGUCCUUUUUCGCUUUUUUCACAUUGUUGCACAAUAGGACAGGGCUAUAUAGCUCUAAAAUAAUAACAUGACAUUUGAAGGUAUUUCUGUUGUAAUAAUAUUCUCAAUUAUAUUACAAAAAUACUGAAAUAUUUUAUUAAUCAUUUCGAGAAUUUAAAAAAGUUUGGCUUCAAAUAUUCAGUAAAAAAAAAUUAAAAAUAUCUCAGUUCUUUAGUUUGUAAACAACAACAACAACAAUAAAGUGAGAUUCAGACUGUAUAAAACAUAAAAAGUCCACUUUUUUAAUCUUUUAUUUAAUGGCGGUUUCACCUUCAGCCAUGCUUGUUGCUUAUACCGGUGUUAUCGUGAAGAACAUGAUAUUGCACACCGAUGCUGGGAAGGUUCUACUGAACUCUAAUUGAACCCAGUUAUCAAUUAAAUUUACAAUUGCUAUUUAAGACAGGGCCAGUUGGUGUUGUAAACCUACAUUUCUUUCUCUUCAAUAAUUAAAGUCAUCAUUUAAACUGUACUCUUACUGUACUUUGUGUUCACUUGGGGUGCAUUUGUACCAUAUUCAGUUUUGUUUGAAGAUCUGAAACUGUCAAGUGUGACAAAAAUGAGCAAAUAGGGGAAAGCAGGAAGGAAGGAAGCAGAUAUAUUUCCAGUCAUGUGUACAUGUGUGUUUGUUUGUGUGUGUGUAUUUUGCCUCCAGGGGCCUGUUCGCAGGACACACAACCCUCUUCCUGCAUGUCAACUGUUAACUCCAUUAAAGGUGUGUUUUUUUUUGUGAA